AACAACUGCAACAGAUUUUGCAGUUCGUAUUUUUGAUUCAUGCUAUUUGAAAUUAUCUUUAUCAAAUCGUGAUAUUCAAAAAUAUAGUUCUGAUAUUCCACAAUUAUUAAAUCCAUCUAUAGAACUUCUGCAAGAAUGGUUUUUAUAUUGUAAUUUUGAAUUAAUUGAAGUUGAUCAUUCAAAUUUUCAAAUUUUUUGGAAAAAAAUGGCAUCUACUUUUCCUCUUUUGAGUUAG